AUGUCUUCUGAGCCGAAGCCAAAAAAAGUGCGAAAUAUUGCAACAAAGUUGCAAAGCUGCAUUGAAAUAUGUGCCUCAUCCCUCGACCAAGUGUUCAAAACAACAAACUGGGAUGAUGCUACAGCUGCCUGGGAUGUAGUCCUCAUCCUUCUAGCUGCUGAGUGCAAGGUUGAGAAGGUAAUAUUCUUGUCCUCAGUGCACCUGAUCAAGCCUAAUGCAGGACUGUAUGAACAGCAGCAGAUCGAUGAUGUCAUUCGCAAUGGGCCAGAGAAACUCAAGGGUGUCAAGACAUUUCAAUAUCUAUGUGUUGCUCAGAAGCAUGUCAAGAUACUCAAAGAUGAGGUCAAAGCAAGCCGAUGGGCGAAACAGCGGGUGGUGCAGGAUUUGGACCUGAAGCGGCGCAUAGAUAAAGAGACCCUGAUUCAACAAGCUCAAGAGCUGGAUUUACAGGUCCAUUAUGUUGAAUUUGAUCCAGCUUUGGAUUACAAAUUCCCUCACAUCAAAAAGAAACCUGCUACAUGGCUUGUUGAUGAAUCAGAAGGCAUGCCACCACACCCAGAUCCAGCAAGGUUCCCCAAUGUUACAUAUAUCGGGAAAAAGGAAGAAGGGUGGAAAAUAUUAGACAGGGAGCAUUCACAUCUUGUCCUGAACAAGUGCACUGGAGAUAUAGAGCUUCUUGUGCUGCGCAAUGCAACAAACUUGUCACCAACUGGCAAGGCAUUGUUGGAACGUCUUCAGCAAAUCAAUAAUGAGCAUGCUCUUGAGCGCCGCAAUUUGCGUCCCUCUCAUCAUGGGAAGAUAUAUGCAUUUGGAAUCAGUGCUGGAGCUCGACACAAGCGUUCUCCUGAUACUAUUGAAUUGGGUCAUACAAAGUUCCACAAUAGGUAUACCAAGAGUGAGCUUAGAAAAAGUGAUGGGGAGCUUUUGGGAGCUGCUGCAGUGACUUGGGCAUUGUUAGCAGCCAACCUUCCUAUUGAGAUCACAAAUGAACUUGCAUGUGGGAUUACAAGCCUGGGCAUCCCAGCAUUUUUUUCACCUACUAUUGAUGGCAGUGACAAGGGCUACUCAUUUGAAUUCAAUGGCAAAGUUUACAACUUCCCUGCUGUUGAGCGCCCACCACCUGAAGUAUAUUAUGCAUCCAACUAUGUGGCUCCUUGCCACACAGACAAUGCACACAUCAACUGGGUGGUGGCACACACAUCAUCCCGCAUAGUGGAACCUGGUGUAGAUCAUGCAGGAGCUGAUUUUGCCAAUGUUAGUCUUGGCAUCAUUGUGCGCGGGGCACUUGACACCAUCCUAGCAUUCCACCCACUUCACCGCCAUGGGACAACACUGUGUGAACAUGUCCAGAGCACAGCAAUUGCUUUCACAUUUUCCAAGCAGAUAGUGGAUGCAUUUCAAGAAACUUCAAAGCGCCCUGGCUAUGUCCCGCGCCCUGUUUUCACUUGGGUAUGUACAAAUGUGCAGCAGCAGCCAAGUCAAGAUGUGGGGGGAGACCCAAUGGAUGAUGAGAAUGUGGAGAUUGAUGGCCUACAUGAGGUUUCUAACCCUUCAGAACUCCUGCAAAACCACAAUAGUUAG